UUUCCUAUUAAUUUCUUUAUUAUUAAGUUAUAAGUGUUCAUAUAUCAUGUGCUGAGUACAAUUCAUAGAAAGAUUUGGUGUAUGAGUUGUGUAAAAUACACUAAAGUAGUCAAAAGAUUUCAUUAAAAAAAUCAUGUCUGUGAGUGAAAAAGUGUCUCUUUCAGAUGCUUUAAGCAAUGUGGAUGUAUUGGACGAACUUACAUUACCUGAUGAACAACCUUGUAUUGAAGCAGCGCCAUGCUCUAUUCUGUAUCAAGCGAACUUUGAUACAAACUUUGAAGAUCGGAAUGGCUUUGUCACUGGUAUCGCUAAAUAUAUAGAAGAAGCUACUGUACAUGCUAACUUGAAUGAACUUCUAGAAGAAGGUAACGCUCACGCGGUGAUGUUGUACACAUGGAGGUGCUGCAGCCGGGCUAUACCUCAGCCCAGAUCCAACGAGCAGCCAGAUAGAGUACACAUAUAUGAACGGACAGUUCAAGUGUUAGGUCCGGAGGUUGACAAACUAUUACAGUUCAUGUAUUUUCAGCGUAAAGCAAUAGAGAGAUUCUGUGGCGAGGUUCGUAGAUUGUGUCACGCUGAGAAACGACGCGAUUUUGUUUCUGAAGCGUAUUUAUUGACGCUCGGCAAGUUUGUGAACAUGUUCGCUGUGCUCGACGAACUUAAAAAUAUGAAAAGUUCGGUUAAAAAUGAUUACUCUACAUAUAGACGAGCUGCUCAAUUUCUUAAAGUAAUGGCGGACAGUCAAAGUCUACAAGAAUCACAAAAUUUGUCAAUGUUUCUGGCAACACAGAAUAAAAUAAGAGAUACUGUGAAAGAUGCACUCGAGAAAAUUAAUGGUUAUGAAGAUUUGCUCGCUGAUGUUGUGAACAUUUGCGUACAGAUGUACGAAACAAAAAUGUAUUUGACACCUUCGGAAAAGCAUAUGCUUGUUAAGGUAAUGGGUUUUGGUCUAUUUUUAAUGGAUUCUGAAGUCUGUAACAUCAAUCGUCUAGAUCAGAAAAAGAAGAUACGCCUUGACAGGAUCGACAGGAUCUUUAAGAACCUCGAAGUUGUGCCUUUAUUUGGGGACAUGCAGAUUGCGCCUUUCAAUUAUAUCAAGAGAUCGAAGCACUACGAUCCAAGCAAGUGGCCAUUAUCUUCGAGCCCUAAUCCACCUUCUCCUCAAGCAGAUCUGAUGGUCCAUUUGCCACAGAUCAGGGAAGAACACCAGAAUUAUAUAUCUGAGCUCGCUAGAUACAGUAAUGAGGUUACAACAACGUUCAAAGAAGCGGGCUCAGAUGCUGAAAACAAGGCGGUCACUGAACUUUGUUUACGUGGUCUCCAAUUGUUAUCUUCCUGGUGUUCAGUGUUGACUGAAUUGUGCUCUUGGAAGCUAUUGCAUCCCACUGAUCAUACUAUUAACUCAAGAUGUCCUGCGGAAGCUGAGGAAUAUGAGAGGGCUACCCGUUAUAAUUAUACUUCAGAAGAGAAGUUCGCGAUGAUAGAAGUGAUUGCUAUGAUCAAAGGUCUGCAAGUUUUAAUGGCUCGUAUGGAGACUGUGUUUGCGGACGCAGCCAGACGGUCUAUUUACGCGGAAUUGCAAGACUUCGUACAGUUAAUACUAAGGGAACCGUUACGGAAAGCUAUUAAGAACAAGAAAGAUCUAAUAAGAAGUAUAGUAGUGUCAGUGCGCGAGACGUGUGGUGAUUGGGCGCGUGGUUGUGAGCCUCAACAAGAUCCAGCGUUGCGAGGCAAAAAAGACGCUGACGCAAGUUUCACUAUUAAAGUUCCGAGGAGGAAUGUCGGACCAUCAUCAACACAGUUAUAUAUGGUCAGAACACAACUAGAAGCUCUCAUAUCUGAUAAAUCAGGUGGAAGAAGAACAUUGAGGAAGGAUCUGGAUGCAACAACUUUAACACAAAUUGAAACAUUCCAUCGACAAAGUUUCUAUUGGGGAUAUUUGUUGAAUCUAUCUGAUUCCUUACAAAAAUGUUGCGAUCUCUCUCAGUUGUGGUACAGAGAGUUUUACUUGGAGAUGACAAUGGGAAGAAAAGUUAACAAAUGCACGGUACGUCAUCAACAUAACGAGGAGUGUAAUGAUUUGGUUACUAUGGAAAAACGUAUACAAUUUCCAAUAGAAAUGUCUAUGCCUUGGAUUUUAACUGAUCAUAUACUGCGAAGUAAAGAACCAGCUAUGAUGGAAUAUGUACUGUACCCGUUGGAUCUUUACAAUGAUUCAGCUCAGUACGCUCUGACUGUAUUCAAAAAGCAAUUCCUCUACGACGAAGUAGAGGCGGAAGUUAACUUGUGUUUCGAUCAGUUUGUGUAUAAACUGUCCGAGCAGGUCUACGCUCAUUACAAGCAGCUCGCAUCCAGUAUGUUAUUGGACAAGCGUUACCGUGCGGAGUGCGCGGCGCGAGGAGCCAGUACCGGGGGUGGGGCGGGCAGGUAUGCCUCGCUGCUACGUCAGAGGCACGUAGCGCUACUCGGCAGGCACGUUGACCUUAACGCGCUGGUGGCGCAGCGUAUCAAUGCCGAUAUGCACCGGGCAUUGGACGCAGCGGUCGCUAAGUUCGAAGCCGGCGAUAUCACCGGAGUUGUGGAACUGGAAGGUCUGAUCUCCGUAAAUCGUCUCUGCCACAAACUACUCAGUCGUUACCUCACAUUGGACGAAUUCGAAGCGAUCCUACGGGAAUCUGACCACGGAGUUCUAGCACCUUACGGCAGGAUUACUUUACACGUGUUCUGGGAAUUGAAUUAUGAUUUCCUGCCGAAUUACUGCUAUAAUGCUGCCACUGAUAGGUUUGUGAAAUGCCGCGGCAUUCAGUUCGCGGCGGGCGUUCAACGAGAACGGCCGCAACAGUACGGACAUGCUUUGUUAUGGGGAUCUAAACAACUGGGAUUCCCCUAUGCUGCACAAUACGCUCAAUAUGCAGGAUUCGUUGGUGCACAACAUCUUCACGCCCUAGUACGUUUAUUGGGUUAUCAAGGUGUGGCAGUUGUGGUAGGUGAAUUACUAGGCGUAGCCCGAGGGCUCCUGCAUGGGACAUUAGCUCAGUUCACAAGAGCCCUAGCAGCGGCAAUGCCUAGACACUGCAAGCUGCCUAGAUACGACUACGGAUCUAAUGGUGUAUUGGGCUACUAUCACGCUCAGUUGACUGAUAUAGUUCAGUAUCCAGAUGCUCGUACAGAACUGUUCCAUGCUUUCAGAGAACUUGGAAAUAUUAUACUGUUCUGUAUGCUCAUUGAACAGGCUCUCAGUCAAGAGGAAGUGACAGAUUUACUUCACGCUGCGCCAUUCCAGAAUAUUCUUCCUCGGCCUUUCACAGCAGAGGGAGAGAAACCCGAAGUAAAACAGAAACGUCUAGAAUCGAAAUAUGCCGCGCUGCAGAUUGUCCAAAACGUGGAUAAAUACGGCACAGCUAAGCAAAGCCAACUAGCUCGUGAAGGUGAUUUACUAACACGAGAGCGGUUGUGCUGCGGCCUAUCUCUGUUCUCUGUUGUGUUGCGUCGCUUGCGAGCCUGUCUCACCGCACCGCAAUGGCCAAGUCCACCAGCAGCGCCUCAACAUGCACCAUUACAUACUGAUGAUACCAGCGAGUUCCAUAGGUUGUGGUCAGCUCUGCAAUUCUUGUACUGUAUCCCAGUUGGUGAUACGCAGUUUACUGUUGAGGAACUAUUCGGGGAAGGUCUCCAUUGGGCAGGAUGCACUAUCAUAGCAUUGCUGGGUCAGCAGAGACGCUUUGAAGCUCUGGACUUCUGCUAUCACAUCCUGAGGGUGCAGAGAGUUGAUGGAAAAGAUGAACUGGUGAAGGGAAUCCCACUCAAACGUAUGGUGGACCGCAUCAGACGCUUCCAAGUCCUCAACUCUCAGAUUUUCGGUGUCUUAGCUCGCCACCUCGUUGCGGACGAGGAGCGCGCAGGAGUCGAGCACAUACGUUGCUUCCCUCCACCCACAGCACCACACCAUCAUGUCGACUGAACACAAAACACAUCAACUUUAAAACAAAUAAAGUUACAUCAACACAACUAUCAUAUUAAAACAAUUAUCACAUUCAAAUGAAUUAAUUUAAACUCAACUAUCAUUGUAAAACAACUAUCAUAUCAACACAACUAUCACAUUCAACUAAACUAACAUCUACUCGACUAAAUUAUCACAUUAACUAAAUUUACAUCUACUCGACUAAAUUAUCCCAUUAA